GUCCUAAGAGCUUUGAGAGUUGCUGGCUUCUCCCUCUGCCCCGCGUCUCUCCACCUUCGGUGGGUCAGACUUGCGAGCAAGAUGGAGGGCUGCCUGGGGGAGGAAUCUUUCCAGAUGUGGGAGCUCAACCGGCGCCUGGAGGCCUACCUGGCGCGGGUGAAGGCCCUAGAGGAGCAGAAUGAGCUGCUCGGCGCGGAGCUCGGGGGCCUCCGGGCACAGACCGGGGACGCCUCCUGGCGCGCCCGUGCCGACGACGAGCUGGCGGCCCUGCGGGCCCUCGUCGACCAGCGCUGGCGGGAGAAGCACGCGGCCGAGGUGGCGCGCGACAACCUGGCGGAAGACCGCCCCGCCGCGCCCCGCGGGCCCCCCGCGCCCGCCCCGGAGCUGGAGGAGCUCACGCGGCAGCUGGGCGACGCGUGGCGCGGGGCCGUGCGCGGCUUCCAGGAGCGCGUGGCGCGCAUGGAGACGUCGCUGGGCCAGGCCCGCGAGCGCUUGGGCCGCGCCGUGCAGGGCGCCCGCGAGGGCCGCCGGGAGCUGCAGCAGCUGCGGGCCGAGCGCGGCGGCCUCCGGGAGCUACGGGCGGCGCUGGAGCAGAGGCUGCAGGGCGGCUGGCAGGAGCGGCUGCGGGCCACCGAGAAGUUCCAGCUGGUGGUGGAUGCCCUGGAGCAGGAGAAGCAGGGCCUGCAGAGCCAGAUUGCCCGGGUCCUGGAAGGUCGACGGCAGCUGGAGCACCUCCAGAUGUCCCUCAGCCUGGAGGUGGCCACAUACAGGACCCUCCUAGAGGCCGAGAACUCCCGGCUGCAGACCCCCGUCAGCGCUUCCAAGGCUUUCCUCGGCUGCCAGGACCCUAAGCUGGAGCUGCAUUUCCCUGGGACCCCAGAGGGCCGGCAUCUGGGACCUUUGCUCACUGCCCUGAGCCCUACUUCCCUCUCCUUGCCCUUGCCUGAUAUGCUUGAGACACCAGUGCCAGGCUUUCUGAAGAGCCAAGAAUUCCUCCAGGCCCGUACCCCAACCUUGGCCAGCACCCCCAUCCCGCCCACACUUCUGGCUCCCUGUGCCGUUACAGAUACAGAGAUCAGAGCCCAGGAUGCCCCGCUCUCCCUGCUCCAGCCACAGAUUGGGAGGCAGCAGGUUCCAGAGGCCCUGCACUCUAAAGCCAAGGUAGCCAUCCCUUCCAGCAUCCUGCCAGGACCAGAGGAGCCUGGAGGCGAGCAACAAGAGGCCAGUACUGGCCAGUCCCCUGAGGAUCAUACCUCCUUGGCCCCACCCCUCAGCCCUGACCCCUGUAGUUUAGAGGCCAAAGGUAGAGAACCCGGUGGGUCUGGAAUGGCCAGCAGAUUCCAGGAAGAAGGUGAAGGGCAAAUCUGGGGGCUGGCAGAGAAAGAAAUGGCCAUAGAGGUAAAAAUGGUGAACAGUUUGCAGCAGGAAACAUGGCAAGAAGAUGGGGAUCUGAACAUGAAGGAAAUCCAGGACUCCCAGGGUCCUUUGGAAAAAGAAACUCUGAAGUCUGUGGAAGAGGAAAUUCAAGAGCCACUGAUGUCUCUGGAAAAACAGAGCCAUGAGGCACUGAGAUCUCUAGAGAAGGAGAAUCCAGAAUCUCUGAGGUCUUUAGAAGAAGAGAGUUUAGACACAUCAAAAGGUCUAGAAAAGGAGAAUCAAGAGCUAUUGAUGUCUUUAGAAGAGAAGGAUGCAGAAGUAGUGAGACCUCUAGAAAAAGAGACUCUAGGACUACUUAAACCUGUAGGAAAAGAGGACCCACAGACAUUGCAAUCUCUAGAAAAGGAGAAUCAAGAACCAAUGAGGUCUCUUGAAGGUAAUCUAGAGACAUUUUUAUAUCCAGAAAAGGAAAAUCAAGAGUUAGUAAGGUCUCUAGAAGAGAACUUUGAGUCAAAAAGAGAUUUAGAAAAGGAGACUCAGAAGCCACUGAGGUCUCUAGAAGAAGAAGGCCAGGAGACAUUGAGGCCUCUAGAAAAAGAGAACCAGGAGCCAGUGAAGUCUCUAGAAGAGGAAAACCAGGAGACAUUGGGAUCUCUAGAAAAAGAAAACCAGGAACCAGUGGGGUCUCUAGAAGAAGAAGGCCAGGAGACAUUGAGGCCUCUAGAAAAAGAGAACCAGGAGUCAAUGAAGUUUCUAGAAGAUGAAAACCUGGAGACAUUGAGAUCUCUAGAAAAAGAGAACCAGGAGCCAGGGGAGUCUCUAGUAGAAGAAGACAAGGCAACAUUGAGACCUCUAGAAAAGGUGAAACCAGAGCCACACAUGUCUCUUGGAAAAGACCAGAAGAUAUUUAGACCUCUUGAAAAUGAGAAUCAACAGUUAUUAAGGUUCCUAAAAGAAGAGAAUGUAGAGACAAUGAGAUCUUCAGAAACUGAGAAUCCAGAGUCACUAAAGUCUGCAAGAGAAGACUUGGGAAUAUUGAAAUCUCUAGAAACUCAAGAGUCACUGUGGUCUCCAGAAGAAAUGAAUCAGGAGACAAUGAAACCUCUAGAAAAGGAAAUUCAAGAAGCACUGGACUCUGUGGAAGAUGACCGAGAGACACUGAGACCCCUAGAUAAGGGGGACCAGGAAUCACUGAGAUCUCUGGGAGGGUGGAACCUAGAGAAUCUGAGACCUCUGGAAGAGCUAGGUCAGGAAAGUCAAAGGAACCUGACCGAGGAAGAGACCCCCGAGCAGAUGGAGAAUCCAGAGUUGCCGAGGUCUUUGGAAGAGGAAGGACAGGAGUUGCCACUGUCUGCCAACCAGCAGGGGUGGGAAGAUGUGGUGGGGGACCGAGAACUGGAGCAGGAUUUGCCCCCUGGCAGGGCGGCAGCGGGCCAGGAGGCUGAGGCAAAGCUGGACGUGAGGGAGUGGGCUGGCUUCGCCGGGAAGGAGUCUGUGGGGCAUGGACAGCUGCGGCUGGUGGCCGCAGGGGAGGUCUGGAGCACAGGAGAGGGGCACCCAGGGAGCCCUGAGCCCAAAGAGCAGAGGGUCCCAGUUGAGGGAGCCAGUGGGGAGGGAGGCACUGAGGGCUUCCGGGACCCCGAAGGGCAGCCGGAGCAAGUGGGGGUGCCAGGCCUCCAAGCUCCCCAGGGAGUGUCAGAGGUGAGAGAGCCGGUGUUGGAAGGUAGAGAUGAGUCCCUGGGGGGUGGCCAGGCCUCCCCAGAGGUCACUUCGGGGUUAGAGACAGCUGUGGGCAAGUCUGCUGCGGGAAGCCGGCAGGGACCAGAGCAGGAGGUGGUGGGGCUGGAGGACCCAGGCCCCCCGGCCAGAGAGGAGGGGGAGGCGUCACCCAUGGGCGAGGAAGGUUUGCAGGCAGAGAGGAUGCAGGGUUUGGAAGGGCCCAGAAAGGACCCAGAGGAGGCAGCUGCUCUGGACCCAGAGCUUUCCACCCUGUCCAGGAAGAGCACAGACCCCCUGCAGCCUCCCAGGGGCUGGGAGGAGGCAGAGCCGGAGGCCCCGUGGGGAGCAGAGGCGGGGCUCCCCGCUGAGACCAAGUGCCCCUCUCACAGUGGAAGCAGUAGGGGUACCCCUCAGCCCAGGCCCCUGGGGUCAGAGGAAGCAGGAAAAGAUGCAGAGCUAGUGCUGGGGCCCCCCAGCCCAGGGCCCACUGAGCCCCGGGCGCCCACCCCAAUCCCUGGAGAUGCCCCUGGGCUCGAGCUCCUGGCUGAGGGGAGCCAGGAGGUGGGCUGGGGGCUGGAGGGCAGUGCAGAGGCUCUGGGAAGGCUGGAGGGGGAGCAGGAGAAAUUGGGUUCUGAGGGGAGCCCUGAGGAUCUCCAGGAAGAGGGGGAGGAGAACAGAGAAGACAGCGAGGCUGAUGAGCUUGGGGAGACUCUUCCUGACUCCACUCCCCUGCGCCUCUAUCUCCGGUCCCCGGCCUCCCCCAGGUGGGACCUGGUUGGAGAGCAGAGGCCCUCCCCUCAAGGGGAGGCCAGAGAGGAAGGCUGGGAUCCUUCUGUUCCGGCCCCUGAGGGCUGUGGGGCUCAGCCUGGGGAAGAGGAGGAGGAAUGUGGUCAGGACUCUGACUUGUCGGAGGAGUUUGAGGACCUGGAGACCGAGGGUUCUCUCCUUCCCAGCAUCCCCGGGGAGGCUGUGGAACCUCCAGGCCAAGUGCCUCAGCUGCUGCUGGAGUCUGCAGCCUGGGACGGGGAUGGGGAGUCCGAUGGGUUUGCAGAUGAGGAAGAGAGUGGGGAGGACGGAGAGGAAGACAGAGAGGAAGAAGAUGGGAGGGAGUCGGGGGCUGACCAGUGGGGCCCAGGGUCCUCUGUGGGCCCCCUCCCGGCCCUGAGUGGCCCUCAGAGAGGGAACUUCCUGGGGUCUGAGACCACAGAUGGCAGCAUCCCCUGGGAUGAUGGCCUGAGGGGCAUGGCAGCCGAUGUUGGCAUGACUGCCCUGGAGACUGAGUCCCAGGACAGCACAGAGCCCUCGGGCUCGGACGAGGAAUCUGGCCCUGUUCCCUUGGAGAGGGAGGACCAGGUCCCCGGCCCUCUGGGAACCCUCAGUGGGGUGGGAGACAUGGGCCUGGGCAUGGGGGACAGCCUGGGUGUCAAUGGCCAGGGCCCCAGCCUGAAGGAGGAGUUAGAGUGUGUGAAUGGGGGGGUGUUAAACGGGCUGCAGCAGUCCGAGGGAGGAGGGCAGGGGAAACUGGGGGGCCCUGAGGCGGACCAGGGCAGCGCCUUGGAAGAGGAGGAGGACGAGGGGAGUGCCCUGAAGGCCCCUUGGGCAGGACCUCCUCUUCACCUUGGCGUGGGCCAGUUCCUGAAGUUCACUCCAAGGGAAGGAGAUGUCGACUCGUGGUCCUCAGGGGAGGACUAGGGAGAGCUCCUCCCUCACUGAGGACUCGGGGUGUGUGUGUGUGUGUGUGCGCACAUGUCAGGGGGGUCCCUCAGCCCCCUCCCUGCUCAGAGGCAGCACCCUUAAGUUAUGAUCCCUUGACCUGUGGCUUCUGUCCCAGAGGCUGGCCGGCCAAGGUGAAGCAGGGUGUGGUAUGGGGGUGCGUCCCAAGAACGGGGGCUCCAGAAUGCAACCCAGCCCCUCCGACCCUGCUGUCCCAUGAGGCUUCAGCCAGCUGAACCACUGUAGGACUAGGCCCCUUUCCUCCCACACCCCUUCUCCCCCUCCUGCCAUCUGGAAAGGGCUCCUCCCAGGGGAGGGGGCUGUGGUGGUCCUCACCACAGGGCUCACCAGCCCUGUCCCCCCUCGCUGCACCCUCUCGGGGUGUCUGGCCACUGGGUGAAGGUGUGCUCCCAGGUCCUGACCCCCGUAUUCCUGCCAUGUUGUGUCUGGCUCAUCCCUGCCUGAAUAAAGUAGUUCUUCCGCC